AUGAUUUCCACUUGCUCUCAGCAUGCUCUCUCUGCAGAACCCUAUACCUCCUCCUCUGCUGGACGUGUGCGGGACGCUUUGAGCCCAAAGGUCGGGUCGUUCUCUCACGCUAAAGCUGAUACCCGUCUGGGCUUCUGGGCUUCUCCUGUGACGUCCACAACCACACACAACCUUUCGCCUGUUAAAGGUCACAAGCUCAACCCCCUUCGAGAGUAUAAAACAUCUGAGAGCGGCUCCAUUCAGGCUUUAGACCUGAUCACCUGCGUCAAUCUCACACUGCAUUCCUGCGCUAUUGCAAUGCUGUCCCGGACGCUGGUUGUCCCGUUGAUCUUUGCAUUAGUUGGUGUCUCUAUUUCUGCACCAAUUACCGGUGAAACUGAUAAUGACGAGUUGGCCGCAGCCCUGACUUAUAUCUUCAAUGGUCAGGCUACUGAAGCUCUUCCAACUCCAGUUCCUGUAAAUGGAGACUCAGGAACUACGGAUGGGACAGAUUCAUCAGAGAAACAAGGAGGUCCCAGCGACUCGUCCGACACCACUGAGAAACCAGAGGCCGAUGGAGCUCCGGACACACCAGACACAAACAGUGACACAAGCCUGGACGAAGCCACCAGCGGCCCAGACUCCACAGACACAACAGAUAUCGAUGUGGACACACACAUAGACGCAGAUACAGAAACUGAAACAGAAACCGAUGCAUCGCAGCAGAAGAAAGGCGACUCAGAUGAGAUCAGUGAGACGCCAUCAGCGGAGGACAGCACAGAUGCAGAUCACGCUGAUACAGAUUUAAAGGAGAAGGAAUCCGCAGACUCGGAUGAGAAGGCGGUCUCCGGUCCAGUCGACACAGACGGGGAUUCUGCAAGUGUGGAGAAGAACGAGUCUGACGACUCACCCGAUGAUGCGAACAAAACUUCUACAGAAGCUACCGAUGAUUCAUCUGAGAAAGAUUCAGACACAGAUGAGCAGCAGGACUCUGAUGAUUCUGACAAAGACAAAACAGAUGGAGACACAGAUGAAAAGAGCGACGAGAAAGACGAGAAAGACUCCAGCAAGGACUCGAGCAAAGACUCAGAGGACGAGGGUGGAGAAACCGCUGAGACGCCAGAGAAAGGCGACACAGACAGCGACUCAGAUACCGGCGAGUCGAAAGAUUCAGACGACUCCAAAGAGCAGGAUCCGGAUGUGAAAGACACAGACAGCACCGAGAAGACCGAGAAAGACCCGGACUCUGACAGCGACACUCCGGACCAGGACACGGCAGACUCCCCUGAAAAAGCAGACGUCGAGGACAGCGCUGAGGAUAAAGACAAGGACACCAGCGACCCCAAAGACACGGAAGAUCACGGAGACAAAGAGGACGACAAAGAAAAGAAGGAGACGGAUGACAAGGACAGCGACGAUGGAAAGGAUGAAGAAGAUGAAUCCAAACCAGAUGAACAGGACAAGGAGGACGCCACCUCGAAAGAAGACGCCACAGCCAGUCAGUCUGACGAGAGUCAGCGGGAAGAAAAGACAGAAGACAAGCAGGACGACAAACCAGAUUCUGACAACUCCAGCCUGGACUCGGAUUCGGAUUCGGACUCGGAUUCGGACUCAGACUCGCACUCGGACAGCAAAGAUAAAGACCAGGGCAAAGACAAGAGCAGCACAGAGUCCACAGACACAGAGAGCUCCGAUAGUGACAGCAAGAGCGUCACGGACAGCUCAGAGACGGGAGGAGAAGACACUGAGGAAGACAAUGACUCCAGUGUGGAAAAAGAGAAGCAAGAUUCUCCUGACGCUGCAUCAACAGAGACGAAUGAUUCUUCUGCUUCCCACGAUGAAAAUGACUCAAAAGAUGCUACGAUGUCACACGAGGAACACAUUGAUGACAUCACUGACGCAGACAGCCAUGUUUUAGAUGAUGACGAUGACGCUGAUUCCCAUGAGGAUGAACUCAGGGUUGAAGAUGCCACAGAUCCUUCUUCUCAAACACAAGACGAACCAGAUCAUCUUGAUGACACAACACAAGGAUCAGAUGAUGGCAGCAAAACCCCCAUGCCAAGCUCCUAGCAACCAGGACUCUGCAAAGACAUCGUCACAGAAUUUUCCUGGAGAGACGUAAAAAGAAUCAACUGAGACAGUCAUGAUAACCAGAGUUUCACAUCCCAUUAAAACACAUUGACACGUCCCUCUCGUCCUCUCUCUCUUUCUCUCUCAUAUGGUGAAGGUUCCUUUCUAAGGGUUCUGGGAUGCAGAUUAAAUUAUUCGGCUGUUUGGUGUACAUUCCAUUUUUUUUUAUUAUCACUUUGUCCUGAUUCUAGAACGUUUGAUAUAUUCAUUUUACCACUGUUAGAUGCAUGAAGAACAAUGAGGGUCUGGAAUUUUUCCGAACCUCGUGUAUUUGUCUGUUUGUGUAGAGUCUAAAUAAAUUUCAUUUUGAAAGUGACGCAUAGAGAGUAGAACUAACUGAAGGAAUUUUUUGAGAAAGCUCCCAAGACCAAGCGAUUCGGGUUUGGUGAAAUGUUGCCGAACCAUCAAACCUGUCCUCCUGGCUCCUUUGGUUUGUCCACAGGGUGUCACUGACUGAAAGACUGCAGCUCUACAACGACGGCCUUCUGUUCUUUACUCUGAAAUCACAAAAAAAUGAGAUCUCUUCUGCUCACCCCCAAACAAUGAUUUAAGACUGUACAGACCAUGUCUGAUAGAAUCUCUGAUGUCUAUGUCUCUGUGGAGGAAUACUAAUAAACUAGCAAUGUAAGAGCACAGAUUGUUCUGAAAACUGUUAAAAAAAAUAAUUUUGUAUAGAUUUAAAUACAUUUUAAUAUGUACACAGGGAGCAAAUCUAAUAAAGACUGGGUUGUCAGAAAA